CAAUUUAUGGCUGUAAUUCGCACACUUCCAGACUAGAAGGUGGUCUGAUAAAGGUUAAGGCCUAAAGUAUAAAUUACUCUGAGGGACACGGGGUUGUGGGUUAAGGUACUUCUACUCAUAAAGCCUCUUUCCAUUGCUUAAAUGUUCUUGAGCGAGUUGAUUUUACGUCAAGCUGAAAACCACGAGUCAUUAAACCAAUAUUGUCAUACAACUAGAAAAGUUUCAAUUGGCGCCGAGUCCAAGGUUGUCUCUCUGGCCUCUUCUUGUCACUGAUAGAGAACUGAAUUGUUGCAGUGUUGAUAUGGGUUUGUGUGGCAGAAUCUGAUUUGCAGAAUACAACCUGCACAAAAUUAAAAAACCAAGUCCCCAAAAGUGGUUUCUUUUUGGAGAAGCCACUAAUUGUCUUUUUGUUUUAUUUUUUUAUUUUAUUUUUUUUGAUGUCACCAAGUAAUGAUGUCAUUUUAAUUCGACCUCUUGGAGUUAUGGCGAUGAUGAUACAGGACAUUUCUGGCUAGUGAUUUGUCAUAUUGUGAACUUGACCUCCUGAGCUAAAGCUGUAAUGGAACCAGAAGAGAAUGACAUUUGUCUCAUACUGAGAGUUUCCGACUCACAUCCUAAAAUAUUUCUGUAGAUAAGUUUAGCCGCCCUGUACUGUUUGUUUUGAAAAAGAAAGAAAAAAUGCAGGCAACUUGAGUGUACUAACACUCUGUGCGGUGUUCUGUGUGGGUAGUCUUCAGGCACUGGCUGUUAUCUGUAACAACGUGUUUAUAUUGGUAACAGAUAGAGCGUCGUGUUCGCUGCACAUCCUUGACAUACAGGGUCACCCCUGUGCGUUGAGUGAUGGUGCUGUUUUAUCUGUGAGGUGACGAGAACAUGGCCUUGUCUGAAGGGGCUAUAAAGGGGCCGAAGCAGCCAACUGUUCCUCAGAUUCCACUUCUAACUCGCCGUGCCCACAUUUCACGUGUAGUCACUCAUUCAUCUAUUGAAAAAACUUUUAAAAUGUUGCCUGCGACGUUCAAACUGUGUGCUGGCAUUUCCUACAGGCACACGAGAAACAUGACCGGUCUGAGGAAGAAUGCAGUGAUUGCAAUCCAUCAUGAGCUGAACAAGCUUUCUGGACCUGGACCUAGUGCCUGGAUCAACCACAUCCGAAGAAGGAGCUCCCUUCUCAGCAGUCGGAUUGCAGAGGAGACGUACAGUGAAGCUGAGCAGUGUUAUGUGCAGCAGGGACAGCAAGCUCUGCAGAAGUCCAUCAGCAUCCUCAGUGACCAGGAUGGCUGGCAAACUGAGAUUGAGAGUGCCAAUGGUGAUAAGGUGAUGAGCAAAGUACUACCAGACAUUGGCAAGGUUUUUAAGUUAGAAGUGAUGCUGGAACAGAAGACCGAUGAACUAUAUGAGGAGCUGGUGGAUAACAUGGAACAAAUGGGGGAGUGGAACCCAAAUGUCAAACAAGUCAAGAUUCUUCAGAAGAUCGGUCAGGAUACUAUGAUCACACAUGAGGUUUCAGCCGAAACCCCUGGAAAUGUGGUGGGCCCACGAGACUUUGUAAGUGUCCGCUGUGCCAAGCGGAGGGGAUCUACAUGCUUCCUGGCUGGGAUGUCCACUCAGCACCCUGGAAUGCCUGAACAGAAAGGGUUUGUAAGGGCUGAGAAUGGACCCACCUGUAUUGUGAUGCGACCAAGUGUAGAAGAUCCCAAUAAGACAAAAUUUACCUGGUUGCUCAAUUUAGACCUUAAGGGUUGGAUCCCAAAAACCGUUAUCAACCGAGUACUUUCGCAAACCCAGGUGGAUUUUGCGAACCAUCUCAGGCACAGAAUGGCAUCCAGUGGUGGCGUGGAAGCUGCCAUUGGCUGCUGAUGUCCACAUUUAUAUCUUAAAAAAGAUGCUAUAACAAUGGCAACUCUAUUUAGGGUCAAGCUUGACCCACCCGAAACCAUCACUACCAUUUCAGCCUACUCUUGUAAAAAUGUCACACAGAUACAGAAGUUAAAUUAUCCAUCAAAACAACAAGCUGCUCUGUGUUCAAGCCUCUCUAUUUAAAAUGUUUUCACAUGCACAGAACUGUAAUGACUCAGAAUGGAUGCUGGAGGUUGCUGGGUCAUUCCAGUGGAGAUUUCAACCCGAGGAUAAACUCAGUCUACUUCCUCUGCCACCUUCAUUUUGUGGCUUGAACUUAAUUUAAUUCACUCGCAUACUUCUGCAGAACACCACUGACCAUUAAUUUUUGGGCUUGUUAGUUCCUGUUUUAUCAUUGUUUGUAAAAAAAAAAAGAUAAAAAUAAGUAUUUAUUUUAAGUUAAUUUUAAUAUUGCAUCACCCUGGAAAAGGAUGUCUGCUUAGUGAAUAUUCAUUA